AUGACGCGAGCGCGACGGCAGUCCUUCCAAGAGAUCGCGGCCCUCAAAACCGAAGGCUUCGACUACAAGAUCAAUGUCCUGGAUCGCGUAUCCGCCAUCGUAAUCAUUGCUCCACACGGAGGAGACAUCGAGCCCGGCAGCUCAGAAAUUGCCGCAGCAAUAGCCGGCGUCGAUCUGUCUCUCUACGACUUCCGAGGCUUGCGGAAUACCAGCGGCCAUGGCGAGCUACAUCUGCCAAGCCAUAAGUUUGAUGAACCGCGAUGUUUGCGACUAGUGGAGGCAGCAGAGACGGUAGUCGCAAUACACGGGCGCAAGAAUGGUGAUGAUGCCGAACGAGUAUGGAUAGGAGGCUUGGAUGUACAAAGGUGUAGGAGGACGAUGACGGAAUUGACAAAAGCUGGGUUCGGUGCUGUGGUUCGCGAGCCUGGAGAGACUUUGGCCGGGACAGCGGUGUCGAAUAUCUGCAACCGAGGAAAGAGGAAAAUGGGAAUUCAACUCGAGAUUCCAAAGGCAUUGAGAAAGCAGUUGAAGGACGAUUCAAGGGCUACUGACAAUGUACGAGGUGCUAGCGUUGAAGCUGAGCCAGUGUACAUGUCAAGAGUAGGAACACCGCUGACAGCUGAGGUAGAAGCAUUGUGCUUCGUUGAUGAGGAUGCAGCGACCAAAUUCCAGUUGUUGUGA